ACUGCAUUGCAUGAAGCGCCUCGACGAUAAUCUCGUUAUCUGCAAAAUACUGUCGAUAACAAAAUUGUCGGAAAUCUACGGCCGUCCGAGCUAAGAUGUUAUCGACUGUAUUCCACGAAUAGCGGAGAAGAGAACCUUUCGAGUUCACAUGCCUCAUCAAUGCAUGUGCUAAAGGUGUCAAAGAAUAGUACCUGCUGAUCAGUGUGUCUUUUGAAACGUUGGGGACCGACGUUAUUUUAUUCAAAAUACUUUAAGCAUCUCGCAACAAGUAAACAAACCUAUUGUAAGAGUCCCCAUUGCUGAAUUCGAAAUUGCUUGUUUUACGCACAAGUAUUGCAAAAGUGAAAUAUUAUUUGUGAAACAACGUCAACCGUUGAAAUUGUAAUAACAAGAUACAAUGAAUUCUUACACGAAGAAGAACGAAGAGGUGUUGUCAGAAGUUCUUGAUCUGUUCCUUUUGCCGGAUUACAAUGUUGUGUCGACCACCUACUUAGAUCAUUUGCUGGGCCAUAUUGCAGAGAACACAAAAAAUUGUGCUACAGUUGAUUAUGAAUACUGUGAGGUUUUUCAGAAGUGGAUACCAAAGGCUUUGGCAAUAUGGGAAUCGGGGCAGAUGGUUUCACAACCUGUGAUCACAUUCACAUUGAAGCUUGUAGGGAUUAUCUCCCGAUAUGAGCUACGAUAUCACUACUGGCAAUGUCAGAACGUAUAUAACAGACUUUGCAUAACUUUAAAUUUAAACAAAGAGGACUUGCCUGCCUCCAUUAAAAUGGCAUAUACUACAAUGCUGUCAGAUUUGAUUGUUCACCGAAGUGGUAGACAAUGGGUGGUACAGUCUGGUGCAUGGAGGAAUAUUGUAAAUUGUGCUCAUUGGAAUCAUACAAUGUACGUGACAAGGGAGAGCCAGAAAUUCCUGUGGACGUUACUCUUGUAUGAAAAUAAGAACGUCGAGGCCUGUAAAGAGAUUAUCCUUGCUAUCGCUGCACCACUCAUAAAGAAUUCUUUAGACACACAGAUGCAUGAGGGAUUGGAAGAGAUAUACUUUGAACAAAACAAGCUGCUGUGUUCUACAUUGGAUUUGUUGACAAACAUUUUAGAGAACACGCUGUUUGCAAGUCUGGAUAACAGCAUUCCCGAAUUGCUCGAGGAACUUAUCGAUCUUGACAAGAGAGUGAAAGCACUGUUUGAAGCAUGCAUCAGCACCAGGUUCCUCCAUCAUGUGCACAAGUUGCUACUACUAUCGUUGUUCCUGAAGCUAAGACGAGGUAUCAAAGAAGACACCGAAGUGAUCGAUCUCGACAACUGGCAACAGUUCCGCAAUGGUUUAUGCUACAGCUCUAUGAUGUUACUGUCGAAGAAGCACAUUGUAGAACUGAUCAAGACUUACAAGUUGUCUAUGAUAUAUUGGAAGAAACUGCGCGCGUUGCGGCAAUUCUCCCCACCGGAGCUGUAUAAAUUUGAACACCAAGCUAUAGCUUUAAUGAUAUUACCAUUGUGCGUAUGUAUAAAGAAGAGUCAUAUACAUCACGACUUCUUGGAUAUGUUUCUUAACAAACUCUUUGAGGUAACGUGCACCACUGUGCAGAGAAUGGCUUACCAUAUAAGAGACAUCAUACGGAGAGAGAAUCUUCCCAUAGAGCAGAUUUGUAAAGUGUCUAUUGAUAUGUUGCUGGAAAUAUUGGAUAUAAUGGAUAGAGACAUAGUGGUAAUCACUUUCCAAGCCCUGUGUUAUGUCUUGAAAAGUUACAUGCCAGACGUGCACGAGGAGACGAAGAAUCGUGUGUCGUCGGAAGCGAACAGCACACCUACUUCGGAACAUCCGCGGAAGCUCGUAUAUAAAUCGAUUCUGCAAGAUGAUCCUAUCGUCGACAACCCUAUACUGCUGGCAUCAUUGCUGGACGGUUUGGCCGUCAUGACGGAGAAAUUUAAGCUGAAGUGGCAAGAAUGCGUAGAAACGAUAUGUAUAUUAUCUCUCGCGCAAGAGAUCCUGAAACAUCCCGGGAUACUGAUGAUGAUUUGCGUGAAGGCAUUGAAGCUCUGCGAACUUGCCAUCCAUAACUUUAUGCCACCCAACUUGGCGUUGCUGGUGGACUCGGAUAGCCACAUGAACGAAAUAGGGCCUACGCUCUUCAAGAGGCUACAUGAUCCCAAUUGGGAAGUGAGAGACAGCGUUCUCGAAGUUCUGAACACUAUCGCGACGAUUUCCGAAGACAAGUAUCCAGCAUACCAAGGCUUUCUGGUGGUUAACCGAUUUCCAGAAGUGGCAGUCGAGAUGGCCAAAACGGAUGCUGAGAGUUACGUGCGAGCGUCAGCGUUGACGUUCAUCGCGACCACCGUGCGUAUCGGUAAACUAUGGGAACAACAGCUAUCGCGGGUGAAUUUAACCGAAAUUGCGAUUUAUCUACUUAAGAACGAGAGCGAAGCGAUAGUCAGAAGAGAGUCUGUGAAUCUAAUGAAAGAGUUGUACGUUCAUCGGAAAUGGUCAAAGGAAGUUAUCGAUUCGAUGUUGCAAGCCAUGUCUGUGGCGGCCGUAUUUGACUUGCACUGGGAAGUAAAGACGAACGCGUUGACUUUCUGGGAUCACUUCGUCAAGUCCCACUUAACGGAUCAGGGAAUGCUCGAUGACUCCUUCCCGAACGUGACGUUCUCGAAGGAGCACAGGAAGAUCGUAUCGUUGAAUGAGGCGGAAAUCAAGCGGAGGCUGAAUAAAGCUCUGGACGAGCUGGCUAGGCAAGGUUGCCUAGGCGUACUUCUGGUCACUCUGAAGGACGAUAGCGAUUUCGAAGUGUGCAAAGCGUCCGCAACGAUAAUCGGCAAGUUGAAGUCCUGCUUGCUCAAGUACAAGCUGGACGAACCGUCGCCAGCGGAACCGUUUCCGGAGAACAGUGCGACAUACGAUACCACCUACGUCAAGGUGACACAAUCGAUGUCUUCACCUAUCAGCGGAAAAACGCAAAACUCCUCCUCGCACAUCAUCGACGAGAUCGUUAACGCAAACGACGCUAAUUUGUUGGCAAUGAUUUACAAGAGCUCUUUGAACAUGGACGGCGAGACGACAACGACGAAAAAGGAGGAAAAGGACGAGGAAGAGAAAAAGAAGAUACUUCGUUACAUCCCGUUCGUGAAGCGUCAGGACUUUCUUCGCGCGAUUUUCAACUCCGACAUCGAGAAUUAUAUCGAGGAAAGGAAUCGCUGGCUGAAAACAUAUACCAACAGUUUCGAAUCGAUCCUCGAUGACAUUCUGACGAUGUACAAGAAGAAAGAUGUCAAUUCAAUGGACUGCUACUAAAAAUUGGCUACCGAUGUCCUCCUACGUGUGCCUUAAACUUUAUAUCCUGUUUAGCGCAUUAUUUGCAUUCCUUUUUUAUCGAAAGAUCGUUGAACGUUGAUAAUUUAGUCACAAAUAUAGUACUUAUAUUUAGUAUGAGCAUCGAAAUUGACUUUGGAAUAGUUAAUUUCGUACGAGCUUUGAAUCAAAUCUUUGUAAAUGUAGCAUUAAAUAUGUACAUGUAUAUAAUAAGAAAUACUGUAUUCGA